AUGACGACCGAGACGCUGCAUCGCUUUGUCGAGCCGCGCCACUUUGCCGUGAAGGAGCUCGCGACGCACUGCACCGUGUGCACGGGCGAGUACAGUAACUGGCAGCGCAAGCACAACUGCGCCAUGUGCGGCGAAGUCGUCUGCGCCCAGUGCAUGGACGUGCGGGCCAUCACGGUGCCCAACAAGGGCGCGGCCAAGGUCUCUGUCUGCUUUGCCUGCACCGUGCGCUGCGAGCACAAGUACCACUGCGACACCAAGCGCGCAGCCGGCGACGACCAAGAGCCCGUGAACGAGGCGCCGGCCGAGCAUACCUACACGGCCUCGAUGGCGCUCAUGGACAAGCGCGAGUUCCUCCGCGUCGAUGCACUCUUCCACUACUACAAGGGCUGUCCAGAACACAACCACGAGAAGCCCGUGCUCACGAUCGAGUGCAUCGCCCCCGUCGACGCGUGGGUCCUCGACGUCCACCGGCACCAGUGCGUUGCGUGUGUGCGCAAGUUUAGCACGCUCUUGCGGAAACACCACUGCCGCAUCGUACGUUGUCCCUCUACGUUCUUAUUGCGCUUGCUCAAGUCGUACUCUCGUUGUUAGUGCGGCGAAGUCGUCUGUAAAACUGCAUCCAGUCC